UUAAUGUUAGACAAUGAAUUCUUUUUUAAGAGAUAAAUUUCACUCGUGUUUUUUAGUUUACAUUGUUAUAAUUUAACGCAAUUUAAUAUAAGCCGUUGUAUUUUUCGGUUUCAAGCUAAUACGAUCUCCUGAACAUUCGAGAUUCUUGCUCCUUGUCAGCAGAUAGCAGAUGUCACAAAAAUAAAAAUGACAGUUUGUGAUGUGUAAUCAAGUAAUCAGUGAUUGAAAUGAAAUAACGCCGUUUAAAUGUGAUAAAUCCAAUGACUGCUUUUUAAUUGUGCGUCAAAUAUGUUCAGCCGUUUCAAAAAUGCAGUUAUAGGUGCUGUGAGUGGUUUAGAAACGAACGGCAUCCCAACCCCCAACGACCCCCAUUCCUACAACAAACAAACUUUGGCCCCAAAGUUUUUAUACGGUCGACCUGCGUUCUUAAAUUUGUCUGAAGAUGAAGUGCAAAUGUCGGCCGACCACAGACUCAGGCCUAUCAUUCACCCAAGCAUGUCUCUGCCCCAUCAUGCAGGAUAUGCCGAGUGUGUUAACGCAGGGAAGUCCAAAUGGAACGAGGAUCAGGCGGUGUACAGGCAAGGUGUCUUGACAAGGGUAGAAUAUAAUGAUAAGCAAGGUGUGCAAAAAUUUUCCAUCCCGUAUACUUAUUAUGGCAUUUUUGAUGGCCAUGCUGGAGUUGGGGCAGCUCUGUGUGCGGCAAAUCAGCUCCACCAUAUUUUACAUGAAAAGUUGGUAGAUGCCCAAGAUGACAUUUGGAUAGCUUUCAGUGAAAAAAAGAGGCUGAAAACCAAACCUAGUGACUUACUUAUAACAGGUGCUUUAGAAGCUGCUUUCAAAGAAAUGGAUCAAGUUAUAGCUGAGGAUAGGACUAAAUAUCAAGCUGCUGGGGGUUGUACUGCGUUAGUAGCGCUAUUUAUUUUAGAUAAAUUAUUUGUUGCCAAUGCAGGCGAUUCACGCGCAAUUAUUUGUAAAGAUAAUAAAUUUACACUAAUGUCAAUGGAUUUUACUCCAGAAAACGAACGUGACAGAAUUAGAAGGCUUGCAGAACAACAACCAAAUUUAUUAGGGCAGGAGUUUACAUCAAAAGAAUAUGUUCGGCCUCCGAAAUCGAGCGAGCUUGGUAAAACAGUAAUGUAUCGAGACGCUCAUAUGAGUGGUUGGGCCUAUAAAACCCUUCAAGUGGAUGAUCUCAAAGUGUCUGUUAUAACCGGUCAAGGAAAAAGAAGUCGAGUGAUGGGAAUCAUAGGAGUAACCCGAGGUUUUGGUGAUCACGAUAUUCUUUCCCUUUAUCAAAGAACUCCGAUAAAACCGUUCCUUUCUUCGCAUCCUGAAGUGCAAGUUCAUAAAAUAACGAACGUUACCGAAAAUGAAGUCUUAGUGAUGGGCACUGAUGGAUUAUGGGACGUUGUGUGUGGUGCGAAAGCAGCAGAAGUCGUUGCCAAAUCGCUAAAUACUUUUAUGGAAAAAGAACGUUACGUUAGUGCAGCUACUUGUUUAGUUGGAUCGGCGAGAGGGUCCCUAGUGAAUGAGCAUAGUUGGCAACUUAAAGACGGAAAACCAUCCUCCGCUGAUGAUAUAUCAGUAUUUGUUAUUCCUUUAUUACCUUACAAAUUAGAAUAUGAGAAAUUACUUGGAAAGUAUAGCGAAACCGCUGAAAGCUCAUAGACACCACGGAGUUUGUUUGAAUUUAUUUUUGUGUUGCUUCUGGUCUCAACGUCACUCCAAAGAUUAGUGAUACGAGUCAUUAUUAUAUUUGAAGUUUUCAUAUCUUGUUACAUGUGUUUGUACCUGUGCGGUUUUAUAUUAUGAUUUAUGAACCAAGGUCGCAUUUAUGUAUUUGGACCUUAUCCAUUCAUUCCUUAUAUUUUCGUAAAGUUAUACCCGAUCGGGAAACGUUUGCAAUAGAAUUGAUACAAAAAGUA